AUGCCUACUAGUUCGACGUUAGUGAAUCAAAUACAAAUGGACUACAUCCGACAAUUUGACGAAUUCAAAGCUAGCUCGGAAGGUAAUAACAAAACAAAUGACGUACGUACUUUCGAAAUAAAUUCAAAAUAUUCAGAAGAAAUAUAUUAUCAAUUGGUCAACUUGGAAAAUGCAUGUUUUCGAAAAAUAAGUACUAACGAAAAGACUUUGACAAGACGUCUUUACUUUUUUCAAAUGGCAGACAAAUUAUGGGAAGUCAGAAAACUCGGAUCCGAACAAUCAGAAACUGAAACAUUUUAA